AAAUUCUUAAUUAAAAAUAAUAAAUUUUUUUUUUUCCUAUACCAACGUAAACUUAAUUUUUUUUUCAAUUCAUUCUCUUGACUUCUCUGGGGAAGACUCUCAGCGGCUCUUCUCAGGCGACAACUCCUCGUCAUCCCUCUCACAAGCGACUCCUCUUCUUUGGCUCUCUCUGAGGGAGAGAUUACACACACAUGCAUAUACUUCUGUGGUUGGUGAUUAUUCUGUUGUCAGAAAUCAAAUUGCAUGAUAUCCUAAAUACACUCACAGGUUUGUUUGCAAACUAAAUUAAUCAAUGCAAACUUCAUUCUUUAUGUCGUGAUUUGUUAUUCCCAAUGAUAAGAAAUUCAAAUGCAAAACACAGGUAUGCCGGCUGUCCAAGAUACAUGCAUAUUAAUCAUUAGAAAUUUAGAACUAAGAAAAUUGUUGAGGAUGAACACCCCAACUCAAUAUUCAGGGAAUUCCUGUUUAAUAUGUAUGUAGUUAGUUUUCAUGAUAAACCAGCCAUAUGAUAAAUAAACAUGUAGGAAACUCCUGUUUAAAUAACUGCCCAUCCAGGGUCUUCAACUCCAAUGCACUGCCAUUCUGGUGUUGCAAUCAGUGGAGUACUUUUCCAGUGCUGUUGUUGCAUCCUGUAAAUCAAAUUUCUCCACAUUUAAUGUUGAAGUAUGCUCAAUCACUUCAACAUGUGGUUGUGAUGUUCUGUGAUGUAAUUUUUCUAUAUCCUUACUCGAAACACUCUUUCAUGUGCAUGGGUCACUCUUUCAAUGAAGUGGGUAGUUGCUGGUAUGAAGUAGAGAAAUUUAAUUAUCCAAGAAGUCUGGGCCAUCCAUCCGAUGAUUUGUGUUUCUGCAUCUCGGUCUUCCAACAAAUCCCGGGCACACUUUUGGUGAAAGGAUCAUUGCAGCUUAAAGAAAGCCCAGUCUCAGGUGAUGCCUGCUUCUUUUUGGACUUCACUGGUGAUGCCUAGUUCAGCCUCCUCUGUGUGGAUAUGUAAACAAUUUAAGAUCACGAGGCCAAUGGGGUACUUUGUUCCUGCAAGGAAGAACAAAGACGGUGGUGGUGAUUUCUAACCAAAAUUGAUUUGGGGAUUUUUUCUUGAAAAUUUAGUGUGGAAAAUAUCUUUUCUUGUUGAAAAUUUCUAACCAACAUGGCUGCUGAAUUUAAGGC